GACUGCACAGUCCUCUCAGAGAAGAAUCAAGAUUGCUGAUACGAUUAUCUCUGAACUCUUGUCUUUACCUUGACUGAAAACAACUAGAAGCUUCCCAGCUAUAUAUAAACACUGUCCUAGGCAACUUGUCUCAGGGCAUUCUGUGGUCAUGAAACCGGAGGAUCCCUUGUGGAGGAAGAGCAUCUCCAGAAGUUAGGGUCAGAAAUGAGUGGAUUUUGUAAAAGCACUUCUCCCAAAAGGAUUAUCCACUUUGCCGAUGGAGACACCAUGGAGGAAUAUAGCACAGAAGAAGAUGAAGAAAAGGAGGAACAGAGCUCAGCACGCAACUCUGUAAGCUCACCGUCUAAGCCUUCAUGGGGAUCAUACAUCUGGUUUUGGGCAGGUCAAGUGGCAAGCAGUUCAAUUUCUACUUGUGAAUUCCUUGGUGAAAGAUUUGCUGCAUUCUUUGGCCUCACUGAACCCAAAUACCAGUAUGUGCUGAAUGAGUAUCACAGAAUGCAAAAUAAGGAAGGUGAUAAGGAAAGUGAUGGGGAGGAAUCAAAGGCCCGUGAUGCUGAGGUUCCUAAUGAAAAGUGUCACCUGGGAGCUGGUGGCCAAGAGUAUGGAGCCAUUGUUUCCAGAGAAGGGCUGGAGGCAGAUACCAGCUCAUGAUGGACAACAGAAGCUACCCCAGCAUUCUUAUGCCUUGCUAUUGGUUACCAUGGUAGCUGCACAAUAGGAAGUACUUCUAAGCUUGAUCUGGUUCUAAGCUCGUGAAUGCAUUCUCAGGAAUUCAAGAGUUACAUGUAACAAGGAAAGCAAUUUUAGACAUUUUCACAAUAUGAAUUUUUAAUUAGAAACACCUACCCUGACAUCAUUCCAGUAAUACAAGUUCUUUCAGCACUGACUUAUUUGCACAACAUUAAGGCUUUUAUAGAACUUUGGGCCUGGAGGUAUGGGCUGACAUUUUUUUUUUAUGAUGGUGUUAGGGUCCAGUAAAACAAAACAAAACAACAAUUUAAAUUUAACCUAUAAAUUCCCCUUCUCAUUUCCUUCCACACAGCCAUCUGAAUUAGCUGGGGCUUACUUUACAACUGGCAACUUCAUUACAUGACCUUUUUAAAGAUCUUUAUCAAUAUCUUUGAGAGUUCCAUUAGAAAAUCAAUAAUUGCUAGAAACAGUAUGUGUCUUAGCUUCCUCCGUGUUGCUGUGACAAAGUCCUUUGACAGAAGUAGCUUAGGGGUGACAGUGUUUAUUUUAGCUUGCAGUUCCAGGUUACAGUCCAUCAGGUUACAGGUCACAGCAGCAGGCGCUUGAGAGAACUGGUCUCGUGAAGUCCGCAGUAGGACAAGGGCAAUGGAUGCAUGCACACCAAUGCUCAGUUAGCUCUGUCCUUUCCAUCAGUCCAUGAACCAGCCCUUGGAAAUGGCAGCACCCACCUUGAGGGUAGGUCUCCCCACCUUAAUUAGGUCAGUUAAGAGCAUCUUUUACAGACAUGCCCACUGUCCAAUGACAACCUAAUCCAGAAUUCCUCAUAGAGACUCCCUUCCCAGGUGGCUCUAUAUUGCACCAAGCCAACAAUUAAAACUAGCUACAAUAUUUUAAACAGAUUUAAAAAAAAUUGUCAUCAAUUAAUUCUCAAAAGUUGGAAAGAGAGGCUAGGUAUGUUAAGCAGUAGAGACUUGCCUAGAACAGGCCUUGAGUUCAAUUCUUAGCAGAACAAGAAACCAAACCUCAAAUCCUUAAAGAUCAAACAUGGUCAAGUGGUGAUGGCACACACCUUUAGUCCCAGCACUCAGGAGGCAGAGG